AUGUGGUCAGAGGGAAGGCGGAGAGAGAGUUGGGAAAACUUGAAGCCGGCAAUCAUAGCUCGUCGUCGUUCUCUCCUUCUUGUCAUGAGCAAAACAAAGAUAAACGCAGUUGCUUUCAUUUCCCCGCAGAACCACCCCAUCCUCAUACGUACCUUCAACUCUGAGGCAGAGAACACCAAGUACCAUUACAUCUUCCACACCAGUCUUGACGUUGUGGAGGAGCGAGUUACAACGGACAAUACCAGCUACUUGGGACUACUAUAUGCCAUCGAAGAUGUUGCAGUCUAUGGGUACACGACACCACUCAAGCUAAAAAUUGUCAUGUGUCUCGCUCUCUCCGACUCUGUUGUGCGCGAUGUAGAGGUCAGCACGAUCUUCAAAGCCUUGCACAUGGCCUAUUACGCUGCCAUCUCGAACCCUUUUCUGAAACUCGAUGCACCCGAAGCGUCUAACGACCCGUCUCCGUAUCUCCUGGUCGGUGGUUCCAAGUGGAAAAGUUUGCGUCGCAAAAUAGACGAAAUUUGUACUGUGGCCAACAAUCCAUCGACUUCAUCCAGUUCCUCCUGA